CGGCUGGCGAUGUGGGACUUGGGGCAGUGCGACAAGCGCCGCUGCACGGGGACGCGGCUGGUGCGACAGGGAGUGGUGGAGGAGCUGCGCCUGGGCGUUCCCUUCCCCGGCAUCAUCCUGAGCCCGAUGGGACGCGCGGCUGUUUCCGCGCAGGACAAGGCGCUUAUCGCAGCCAAAGGUCUCGCCGUUGUAGACUGCUCCUGGAACCGCCUCGACGAUGUGCCCUUCGGGCGUAUCAAGGGGGCGGCACCGCGGCUGUUGCCCUGGCUUCUGGCGACCAACCCGGUGAAUUACGGCAAGCCCUGCAAGCUCUCCUGCGCAGAGGCCUUUGCGGCUGCGCUGUUCAUUUGCGGAUGGCCCUCCGCCGCUGCAGCUGUCCUGUCUCGCUUCAAGUGGGGCCACGGCUUCUUUUCGGCGAAUGAGGAGCUGCUGGACCGCUAUGCCUCCUGCCCCGGCAGCGCUGAGGUCAUCGCUGUGCAGACUGCCUACCUCAGCGCUCUGGAUGCCGCUCCUCGGGCAGUGCCCACCAGUGAGUCCACACUCUGGCUUAUAGAUUCUGUAGCGUGUUUAUUAGUACUUUUCUAUGUAUGUGAAUUUUUAAGUAUAUAA